ACCACGAACGUAGCUACGAACGCCGCUUUCUCUGCACGAGCUUGUAGAGACAGCGGGGACUUGCUCCCUUUUUGUGUGUUUUUGUUUGUUUAUUUUCUUCACCUGCACAGGACGCUGCCAUCGGCUCAGCGCCUUCUGGGAGCAGGCGGAAGGCAGCGCGGCUUCAAGACGUGCGUGUGAGCGAGAGGGAGAGGAGGGGAUCCGCAUCGUCGUCUGCUGCCUUGCAUCCCAGCAGACGGCAUUUUAGCUUGACCGCUCAUGAGAGCGGCUGGAUAUCGCGCUCCUUCGAUGAACUGUCCCCGGCCUUUCAUCAGUUCGCAACGGAUCGCUUUCUGCUCGAUUAUUUUGCAGAGAUUGCUGCAAAUAUGUGCGACAGCACCGACGAUGACACUUUCGACACCUCCCAGGUGACGCCGACGGUAGGGCAAAUGAAGGUCGAGCCGCCCGCGACCGUGGGCCGUCGCCGGCGCCGGAACUGCGGACGUCGCUCCUCUGCUAAGCCUCGUGGUCGCGCUCGCAACGUAACCACCGGUGCAGGUGGCAAGCGAGGAGGGAGUCGCCAACCGCGGGCCGCCACCGCCACCGCCUCAGCCUUCGUCGCGGCUGCUGCUUCCCCGCAGAAAACUGCUUACGGCGUCAGCGUCAAGGCCGAAACGGCCGAAGAAGUGCCGCUCGAGGUCUUCACCUCGGAGAGCGAGUCCAGCAUCGACCUGCAGGCCGAAACGUACGUCUCGAAGAUCAUGCCGGACCCGGCGACGAUCGUGUACGCGGAGCAGCGGAGCAGCGGCCUCGCCUCCAACGUGCAGGGAGCCUCUUGCAGCAGCCACCCGUACGGCGCCUGCUGCGAGGAGCCGCCCGCCACGCCGCCGCCGCAACGACGCCGCGGUGGGCGCGCCGCUCCUCGACCGGCGCCACCGCGGCGGCGGCGGCGCGUGGCCAUCGACGGCGACGAGCGCGUCGUGUGCAGACCCCAGACGGGCCGCUGGUCCUCGCUGCUGCCCGUGGGCACGCUGGCGCGCCGGCCCUCGGCCAAGCUGGUGCAGCUCGUCGCGCAGGCCAUACACGAGAGCCCGCAGCGGGUGCUGCGAGUCACGCACGUCUACGCGGCACUGCAGAACAGAUACCCUUACUUCAGGCUCCUGGACAAGAAGGGCAUCAGCAGCUGGAAGAGCUCGGUGCGUCACGCUCUCUUCCAAAAGUGGUUCGUGAAGCUGCGCCCCACGUCCGUGAUGUACGAGUCGGUUCGUCCCAGGAGUUUCUUCUGGGGCCUCAACUACAGCAACAGGCCCCGUGAAUGGGAGAUGCCCCGAGAAGCGCCGCGGGCCUUCGAUGCACCGGCCAACGGCGACGACCACGGGCAGCAGCGGGACGACGGCGAGGCGUCCAGGCUGUUCUCGGGCCUGCACCUGGCCGCCGAGCCGCCGACCAAGAAGCCGACGCUGCCGUCGGCCUUCCGCCUCGAACUGGAGCGCGGCCUCUUCCCGCCGCCGGACCUCCCCCGGUCCCCGGGCCGCGAGCGGAAGCUGCCGGCCGUCCGGUGCUGCGAGUUCGGGCCGGUGACGUCGCCUCCGCAGCCGGCGGACGAGCUGAUCUCCGUGGACAGCCCGUCCUCCUCGCCGCCGCCCCGCGUCGCGCCAGAACUGUGGAAGUCCGAGUGCGCGAGGCCCGACGGCUGGCCGGUCCAGGACCGGGCGGAGGAGCAGGCCUGGCAGCCCAGCGUCGGCGCCUGCGGCGUGCUGCCGGGCGCGUGGGACGCGGACGUCGCGUACUGCAAGCCGGCAUCAGCACCGCCUUGCUCAAGCACUACGGCCACGUCGGCGACGGCGACGCUGGUGGAGGCCGUCGUGGACAGCUUCCAGAAGCCGUGGCCGUCGCUGUCGGGCGAGCAGUUCGUGCAACUUCGGCACGAAGAGCAGCGGCAGGUGAUGCACGAGCCAUUGCAAGAGCCAUUGCAAGAGCCACAACAGCAGCAGCAGCAGCAGCAGCAGCAGCUGCAGAUGCUGCAGGCACCGAUGCAAGAGCCCCGGGAGCACCAGCAGCAGCAGGAGCUGCAGCAGGUUUUGAGAGAGUUCCUGACGGCACCGACGGCGCAACAAGGCGGUGCGAUGCAGGACUGGCUGAGACCGGUGGAGGUCAAGAGCACAGAGCAUAUCGAAAUCGUCAGCGCUAACGGCGACGACAUCUUCGACCUCAGAACGGAGUCGCAGGACAGCCUCUGGGACUCCCUCGACCACUUCAUCGGGUCGCUGGCGUUCGGCGGCGAGGAACCGCUGGCACCUCGCCUCGCCCAGGGCUCGCCGCGACACAACGCGCACGCGUCGUAUCCCAGCCCCACGGCGCUUCCCACCGCGCCUUCGUCGACCCCGGCGUCGGCCCCGUCGCAGCCGUCACCGGCGAUUCCCGGGCCAUCGCCGCCGCAUCAGGGCAUCCUACUGCGAAAGAUGCAUCAGGAGCAGGCAGCCCGCCUGGCGCACCUCCUCCGCGCCGUAGGAAUGGCGCUGGACGAUCCGGACGAGUGCUUCGCCUUCGUGAACGUUCCCUGGCCCGUGUGGAAGGUUCUGUCCGGGCGCUCCAUCGUGAGGAGGAGCACACCUUCAGGCGGCCGCCGCGAGCGAGAGCGCAUAACGGCGAUCGUGAUGGCGCCCCCGUCCACGCUGCUACCCACCGACGGCGACGGGCCUCCGACCGUGGAUCAUCAGGCUGAGUGCCGCGCAUCGCGACCCCCCGCUACCGGCGGCGACGAGGACGGCCGGUCGUUUCCCGCGGACCAGGCCGACUGCGGAGACCCCGGGUCGCCGCCUGCGUAA